UAGGGGGGGGUAGUUUUGGCAAGGUUUACAAGGGGGUCGAUAAACGCAGCGGCCAAUCGGUAGCCAUUAAGGUCAUCGACGUUGAGAAUGCCGAAGACGAGGUCGACGAUAUUAUUCAGGAGAUCAACAUCCUCUCAGAACUGCACUCCCCGUAUGUCACGAAAUAUUAUGGGUCGUAUCUUAAAGGCUCGGAUCUGUGGAUCAUCAUGGAGUAUUGUUCCGGCGGCAGUUGUGGAGAUCUGAUGAAACCAGGGGUCAUAGCGGAGGAUUAUAUUACGAUCAUCAUCAGAGAGUUGCUAAUGGGGUUGGAAUACCUUCACAGCGACAACAAGCUACAUCGGGAUAUUAAAGCUGCGAAUGUUUUAUUAGGUUCCAACGGACAGGUCAAACUCGCGGAUUUCGGUGUCUCCGGACAGCUUACAGCUACCAUGACUAAGAAGAAUACUUUUGUCGGAACACCUUUUUGGAUGGCUCCGGAGGUUAUCAAGCAGUCGGGAUACGAUCAGAAAGCGGACAUCUGGUCCUUAGGGAUUACGGCUAUAGAAUUGGCCCUAGGGGAGCCCCCUUACUCGGAUAUCCAUCCAAUGAAAGUUCUGUUCUUAAUUCCAAAAAAUCCACCGCCAGUUCUCGAAGGCAACUUUUCCGACAAGUUCAAAGAGUUUGUCUCCCAGUGUUUACAGCGAGACCCGCGGGAUCGCCCAACGGCAAAAGAUCUACUGAGACAUCCCUUCGUCAGGAGGGCAAAGAAGACGACCUACUUGACCGAAUUGAUUGAGCGUCACGAACGUUGGGUUAUUGAGAACGGAAAUAAGGAUAAAAACAUGGAUGAUGACGCAAGUUCAAGGAUGGAUAGUACCAUAGAUAGCAGGUCUACGGACGAUUCGGAUGCGGAGAGCGAUCUCUGGGAUUUUGGGACUGUCAGGGCCGUCGGAGGUAGCCGCAAUCCCGGCUUGAGUAGCUUAUCUCCGGCGGCCGCCAAUAUGCGGUAUGUUGCACAGAGCGUUGAUCAAGAUUACGGCGAACAAGCCAGGUCCAAGGUUGGAAGACGCCCGGUUUCCCCUCCAAUGACAGGCCCUCCCGUUCCCCCUCGGUUGCCCGGGAACCCCUCCCCUACCAGGGACUCGCUUCCACCCACCACGGCGAGCCAAGACUCCCCACCUCCCUAUAAAUUCCAACAACAAAAUUUACAAUCACAGCCGAUAUCGCCUCCUCGUAGACCAAACUUUACGCCAGCCCAGACACCUCGUCAGAGAGAGAUGAGCGUGGAUGAGACUGAUAGAAGUAUCCAGGCAGAGCUUGCUCAAGAUAUGGGUUGGAUGAAACUAGCUCGUAACCAAGGUCCUGUUAAUGGAAUCGUUAGCGUUCCAGCAUCUAUUCCGAUGUCAAAAGGUAUUACUGGUGAAGGUAGGAUAGAAGUUGAAUUGAAUUCGGGAGUGUCGACUCCUACCAAUGCAUAUAGAGAUCCCAGACAAGUGUUUCCGCCUCUUCACCCUCCCCUUCACCCACCGCAGAUGGCAAGGCAAAGCUCCAACGAUAUCGCUCAGGAGCAGAUGAGAAGACAGAUGCAGCAUCAGCAAAUGCAACCUCAUAAGAUGCCCGCGAUUGGCCCUCCACCGGGAUUACAUCACCCCCGGCUCCAGCAACCACCUCAGCCACCCUCUCACCACCAUAUCAACAAUGGCAUUAAUCAUCAUCAACUCCCUCAACUCCCACCUCCUCAACAACACCAACUGCACCAACAACAUCUUCCUCGUCAGAUGACGCCUAAUCAUAAGGAGGCAACACCUGAGCCCCCAGAGCUUACUGCGCUUGACGGCGUUAUCCUUCCUGCAUUAGAAGCAGCCCUCCAACGCCGAACCUACCACCUACAGUCGGCCAUUCGUAAAGCUCAACAGUCAUCCUCUGCAAGCGCUCGCCAAACGGCUCAAGAGAAGCAACAGGCUCAUGACAGACUCAAAAGACUAGUUAUCAAAGCUGCCGGAAUAUUCAGAGAAAUCGAAGAAUGGGACAGCACAGCUCCAGUUGGAAUGGGUGGAGAAGUAAACGGUUUUCUUGAAGGUUUUCUAGAAGAGGUCUUGGUCCGCGUGGAAGCGGAAGAAGACGAUGGCAACAAUAACGUAGUCAGAGAGGGCGAAAACAGAAGAUGGUAGUUCAGUAUCAUAGCCUUUUUCGCUUCCUUAUCUGCUUCUUCUUAACUUUAAUUAGGGGACCUGGGUUGUAAACAUGACUCGUGGUUUUUUUCUUAUCUUCUCUUUUGUAAAGCUAAUGUCCUCUCUUUCUUCUACUUUUAUUUGGGUGCUUGCUGAAGGCGAGUAAUGUGUUUCUUUCUCCCUUUUUCUUGUCUUUUUUAUGAUUCCCCAAUUGCGAAUUUGUAAUCGCGAUCCCUGAGACCUACACACUAGAGAAGUGAUGUCGCCGGGUAGGCCCAAGGAGAGAAAGCGCAGCCAGUAUGAUAUGACAACAGGAUGGAUGAAUUGGAUGGAUUUGGAUGAACUGGAUGGGAGGGAAGAUUGGUCGUGGCGUUAGGCUCUAAUUGUGUUUUAAUUGAUUGGCAUUAGGUGGAAAGAAUGGAUGUGGGGGUGUGGAUGAAGGGAACCGAUGGUUAAACGAUAAUGAAACUGGUUUGCAUGAUUAUACCACA